AUGGCGAACCCCCAGGACUACACAGUUGGCUGGAUCUGCGCCCUCACCACCGAGUUUGUCGCUGCCCAGGCUUUCCUCGACGAAGAACACGAGGACCCUCGAGAGGUGGCCCAGAACGACAAUAACAAUUAUGCCUUAGGCCGAAUCGGAAGUCAUAAUAUUGUGAUUGCCGUCUUGCCCGACGGGAAGUACGGUACGGCUGUUGCCGCGGCCGUAGCAAGAGACAUGCUUGGCAGCUUCCCGAAUAUCCGCAUCGGACUCUUGGUCGGUAUCGGUGGUGGUGCGCCAAGUCCAAAUCGUGACAUACGUCUCGGCGACAUUGUAGUCAGCAGCCGUGACGGCGGAAAAGGCGGGGUGUUUCAAUAUGAUUUUGGCAAGACAAUCCAGAAUCAGUCUUUCCAAGAAACAGGGUUCUUAGACCAACCGCCGAUGGUGUUGCGGACAGCAGUUAGUGCCCUCAAGGGUAGGUACGAAUUGAAAGGCCACCGGCUUAAUGACGACGUAGAAAUGGCAUUGCAGAACAUCAAGAAGCGAAGGAAGUACUCCCGCCCACCUUCAAGUAGCGACAGACUGUACCGAUCCGACAUCACACACCCUUCAAACUCGUCCGAAUGCUGUAGUAUGGUGUGCAGCGACGACUCAUCCCAUACAGUGGUCCGUGCUGAACGGGACGAAGAAGACGACUACCCAGCCAUCCACUAUGGAUUAAUCGCCAGUACCAAUCAACUGAUGAAGGAUGCGCUUAUGCGGGACAAGUUGGCGGCAGAAAAGGGCGUCCUCUGCUUUGAGAUGGAGGCGGCAGGCCUGAUGAACCACUUCCCAUGUCUGGUUAUACGCGGUAUAUGCGACUAUUCUGAUUCUCAUAAGAACAAGGAGUGGCAGGGCUUCGCGGCCAUGGUGGCAGCUGCGUAUGCGAAAGAUCUUCUGCGUCAGAUCCCGCCUAAUAAAGUCGAGGCCGAGAGGAGGAUUGGCGAGGUUCUGAGUUCCAUUGGAAUGACAUUGAAUGAUGGGCAGGAAACGUUGAUUGUAACCAAAGUAAUAGUGGAGACGGUCAGAUCGAAUCAGCAUGUGGCCAAGGUGAAAGAAUGGCUCUCUCCUCCUGACUCCUCGACCAAUGCCAAUCGUGCAAGACAACUCAGACAUGAAGGAACUGGGGAGUGGUUCCUCAAUAGCGCUGCCUUCAGAGAAUGGGAAACUGGAUCACGUCGGCAUCUGUGGCUCUACGGGCUGCCAGGAUGUGGCAAGACAGUUCUGAGCACGACGAUUCUCGACCACCUUAUGAAUAUAGAUGACCAUAUAACCCUUGAUUUCUUUUUCGACUUUAGCGACACAACGAAACAGACCGUAGACGGCAUGUUGCGCUCGCUUGCCUUCCAACUCUACAAGCUCGAAGUCGAUUCUUCGAGAGAACUUGAUGGUCUAUUCAAAUCCCAUCGGGAUGGUAGGGACCAACCGACGACCAAGACACUUUUAGGCUGUCUCUAUACGAUGUUGAGAGGCCCGGUAAAGAUUUUUCUGGUACUGGAUGCUUUGGACGAGUCUACUGCAAGAGUCGAACUUCGUCAUUGGAUAAAGGACGUUAUAUCUACCCCCGAUCUUGGUCAUGUCCGACUGAUUGCCACCGGGCGCCCAGAAGCAGAGUUUCAACGUGAGAUUCCUCCCUUGAUUGGAAAAGACAACUGCCUGUUACUUGAUAAGGACGCCAUCAACGCCGAUAUACGCUCCUAUGUCAUGGCAAGGCUUGAACAGAGCCCGGAAUUUGCUAAAUGGGCAUCGUUUCCAUCCGUACUGGAGCAGAUUCGCAACGAAAUCGGAAGCAAACCAGAUGGGAUGUAA